AUGACUGCAAGCAAUGCAAAGCUCCUAUGCAAUGCAAGGAUGGCCAGUGUGUCUGCCCCAAAGACACCUGUGGAAGCGACUGUAAGGAGUGCAAAUCUUCCAAGCAAUGCAAGGACGGCCAGUGUGUCUGCCCAAAGGAUACCUGUGGGCCGGACUGUAAGAGUUGCCCCCCUGGAAAGGAAUGCAACAACGGACAGUGUGUCUGUCCUAAAGAUACAUGUGGACCAGAUUGCAAGAAAUGUCCCCCCGGAAAAGAAUGCAGAAAUGGACAGUGUGUUUGCCCUAGGGACACCUGCGGAUUCGACUGCAAAAAAUGCCAGCACCCUAAGCUAUGUAUUUACGGCCAGUGUGUGUGCCCUAAGGAUACUUGCGGAGCUGAGUGCAAGAGAUGCCAACGUCCCAAGGAAUGCACGAAUGGCCAAUGUGUCUGUCCUAAGGAUACCUGUGGGUUUGAUUGCAAGAAAUGCCAACACCCCAAGCAGUGUGUAUAUGGUCAAUGUGUCUGCCCUAAGGAUACUUGCGGACCAGACUGCAAGAGGUGCCCCCCAGGCAAAGAAUGCAAGAACGGCCAAUGCGUCUGUCCAAAAGAUACAUGUGGAAAUGACUGCAAGAAGUGCCCACACCCUAAGCAGUGUAUCUAUGGCCAAUGCGUUUGUCCAAAGGAUACUUGCGGCUUUGAUUGCAAGAAGUGUGAAUACCCUAAGAAGUGUAUCAAUGGCCAAUGUGUUUGUCCAAAAGAUACUUGCGGUUCCGAUUGCAAGAGGUGCGAGCACCCUCGAGAGUGUAAAAAUGGCCAAUGCAUUUGUCCAAGUGAUACUUGUGGGCAUGACUGCAAGAAGUGCGAGCAUCCCAAGAAGUGUGUGUAUGGUCAAUGUGUCUGCCUUCCAGGAACAUGUGGCAAGGACUGCAGAAAGGUAUGUUGUGAACGAACCCUAA